UUCUGCCAACAACUUUCGAGAUGAUAUUGGAUUUAGUAUUGCGUACCAGCGUCGUUGCUGUUGUCAUUUUGACCACGCGUCGCUUAAACAUUUGGGAUUCAUCAGAUGAUUCUGUCCAGGUUUACAACGAAUCAAGAGAUCGCGCCAGACCAUAUGCCGAGUAUGCCUGUCAGUACUUAAACAUUCACGUACCCGAUUUGCCCCCCCGAGAGGGAGAAUCAUAUUUGGGCAUUUAUUACUACAAUCACGCUGUGAUGACAAUAUUCGGCUUCCUUAGCAUGUGUCCCACAUACGUGCACAUGGUCGCAGAACAGAUCCCCGGCAUUGUGUCCGAAUACGCAAGUCGCAUAAAGGAAGCAUACGAUGAGUACCAAAGGAAGCGUAAGCUCGAGAAGGAGAAGCAAGCCCGCCAAUUAAUCAUCGAUGACAAGACACUAGUGAUGCCAUUGGAGCCACGCUCCGAAGCCAAUCCGGAUUGCAAGUGUUCAGAGCCGAACACAAAGGAUGACCCGGGGCUUGUGCCUAAAAAAUGCCCCCAAAUCGCCCUACAGUGACUAUUGCGUAAAGGAGCCUGAAAAUAAAAAGUCACUGCCUGACUCCAAAUGUAAAUGUCCCAAAUGCGAUCGCAGAGAGGCAGAAGGUUGGUUCGACAAUAAAGCCGUGUGUCCAAAACGAAAUCCGUGUGGACCCCGCAAGUGUGAGUGUCCAAGGACUCGAAUAGUUUAUACCAAAGGCUCUGAUGCUCUGGCAACUGAUAGUAUUACCAAGUUAUUCAAGCAACGUGAUGAAAUCCUGAACAGUGGGCCAUUUAAAGACUUAUAAUUGCAAAACGAGGAAUUCAAAUCACAGUCGAGAUAUUUAUACGCACCUUUGAUCAAACUGACCACAGUUGGAUGUUUCUCCAGCCGCACUUCUUGUCCAUUAACCUACAAUAAACAGAUAAACGGGCUCAUUACACA